AUGCAUGUUCCCGAAUUUCCUCGGUUAGAUAUCGAUGAUCUAAAACACCUCGUUGGUCCCUACCAUCUAUAUUUAGGUCCAUCAUAUAUACAAGACAAAUUACAAAGAGAGGAACUUAAUGUUUUAGAAAUUGAUGAGUUAAGAGAAGAACCUAAUUUCUUACGUUUUAGAAUCUACUCUAGAUUUAGAAAUGCCACUAAAUAUAUGCUGUGGUUGGCAUACGAGGAGCCACUUAAUCAAGACAAUCCUCCAUUUUUUUACCAUUACUGCACAUGUCCAUCCGGUACGAGAACUUUAAGUACUUGCGCACAUAUUGCAACAAUUUUAUGCUUUUUUGGAUAUGCUAGACACCACAAUAAUAUUAAAUUUCCACAAACACGUCUUCUUAAUUGUAUAGACGAUGCAGUGCACCGAUUGCUACCAGAAAAUAUCGAUCUCGAUCCCAUAAUAGAAGAUAAUAAUUAA